GGGUUUCCGAGUAAAGCCCAGAAUCAUCCCAAUUCAAGCAAAGAUCCGAGAAAUUUUCAUGCCUGCACUAAGUUCUACAAUGACCGAAGGCAAAAUCGUCUCUUGGGUUAAAUCAGAAGGCGAUAAACUCAACAAAGGAGAGAGUGUUGUUGUUGUUGAAUCUGAUAAAGCUGAUAUGGAUGUUGAGACUUUUUACGAUGGUUAUUUAGCUGCGAUUAUGGUUGAAGAAGGUGGUGUUGCUCCUGUUGGUUCUGCUAUUGCUUUGUUAGCUGAAACUGAGGAUGAGAUUGCUGAUGCUAAGGCUAAAGCUUCUGGUGGUAGUGGUGGUGGUGAUUCUAAGGCUCCUCCUACGGCUGCGAUUGAAGCACCUGUGGCUGUUGAGAAGAAGAUUGCGGCUCCUCCGGUGUCGGUUAAGGCGGUUGCGGCGUCUGCGGUGCAUCCGGCGUCUGAAGGAGGGAAGAGGAUUGUGGCGUCGCCUUAUGCUAAGAAGUUAGCUAAGGAAUUGAAAGUGGAGUUGGCUGGUUUAGUUGGAAGUGGGCCAAUGGGAAGGAUUGUGGCUAAGGAUGUUGAGGCGGUUGCUGCUGGAGGAGGAGUUCAAGCUGCUGUAGCUGUUAAGGAGGUAGCGGCAGCUCCUGGUGUGGAGUUGGGAUCGGUGGUUCCGUUUACGACAAUGCAGGGGGCUGUGAGCAGGAAUAUGGUGGAGAGCUUGACGGUUCCUACUUUUAGAGUCGGCUACACGAUCACUACGGAUGCUCUUGAUGCUCUCUACAAGAAGAUUAAGUCGAAAGGUGUGACAAUGACGGCACUCCUAGCAAAGGCAACUGCACUUGCACUGGCGAAACAUCCAGUUGUAAACUCGUCCUGUAGAGAUGGUAACAGUUUUGUGUAUAACAGUAGCAUCAACGUUGCUGUUGCUGUUGCUAUUGAUGGUGGUUUGAUCACUCCGGUGCUUCAGAACGCUGAUAAGGUUGACAUUUAUUCGUUGUCUAGAAAAUGGAAAGAAUUGGUUGAUAAGGCUCGAGCCAAGCAGCUGCAGCCUCAGGAGUACAACACUGGUACCUUCACUCUCUCUAACCUAGGAAUGUUUGGCGUUGAUCGGUUUGAUGCUAUUCUACCCCCUGGAACAGGAGCGAUUAUGGCUGUAGGAGCAUCUCAACCUUCAGUGGUUGCUACUAAAGACGGCCGCAUUGGCAUGAAAAACCAGAUGCAGGUGAAUGUGACGGCAGAUCAUCGUGUCAUCUAUGGUGCUGAUCUCGCACAGUUCUUGCAAACAUUGGCAAGCAUUAUUGAGGACCCAAAGGACCUUACAUUCUAGGCCAAAUUACUGCUUUUCGCAUCCCAGUCUUCUCUGCUCUUGAUUCCAUGGGAGCUUGUAUUUCUGCGGUAAUCAGUUUCUUUGAUAGAAUCAACCUAUUAAGAGUAA